AUGAAUAUUGACCCCAGGAACGGUCUUCUGGUAACGAGGGUGCUGGAGGCAGUCGAUGAGGGCUCAAUAGAACCUAUCUUAAGGUCAUCCACUGAGUACUUGUGUAAGUGCAAAAUGCGUGGGCGCAUUUUUGUGAGGGAAGAGGGCGCUUUUGCUGUAUUGUGUGAGCUGCCCUCGGCUGUGGACCCUCUACAGGUUCCAGGCACGAUAGCAGUGGAUGAUGGUGAGUGGAAGGUGAGGGACUGCCUAGAGGCCCUGGACCAUGCUUUUGGGAGAACUGAGGGUUCAGAGGAUGUUUAUUGCAAAUUCCUCAAUGCCAGGCAACAAAAGGGAGAGAAGGUUUCUGCCUAUGUCCAAAGAUUGGAGAAAUUAUUACAGAGAGCCAUCAUGAGGGGAGCAGUAGCCGUUGAGCAAAUGGACCGGACUAGAUUGGCUCAGAUUGUGAGAGGAAUUCAAUAUCAGAACCCAAUCCUUCUCCACCUUCGAUUAAGGGAACGGCAAGAUAAUCCACCAAGUUACUCUCGCCUGAUAAAAGAGGUCCGAGAAGAAGAAGAGAGGCAGGCAGCUGGCGAGGUUUGGGAGGUGCAGCAACACCAAGCAUCUGGCACAACAUCCACACGGACACCCAAGGCACUAAUGGUGAAUCCUCAAGAGGAACUUACUCAGCGAGUGCAGGCCUUAACACAGAAAGUGACUGAACUAGAGAGUACUCUCGAUUCAGCAAAGACUUCAAGGUGCAAGGAACCCUCUGCUACCAUGGUCCAGAGGACUACGUUUAGAACAUCUGCACCCCCUCGACAGCAAGGGAAAGGACAAUCCUUCUUCUGCUACCGGUGUGGCCAGAGUGGGCACAUUGCUGCAAGGUGUCAGAAUGCAGAGAAUCCCAUGCUGUUUUGCCAAACCUCAGUGAAGUAUGUAGGUCACAUCGUGUCCCAAGAGGGUGUGAGUACUGACCCCGAUAAAAUAGAAGCACUCACUACCUGGCCACGUCCCAGUAACUACAGAGAACUCAAGACGUUUCUUGGAUUUAGUGGCUACUACCGCAGAUUUGUGAAGAACUAUGCUACGAUUGUAAAACCUCUGAAUGAUCUUACCAGGGGAUACCAGUCCAACAAGAACAAAUCUAAGACCCAGAAUAAGCGAAGGCCUCCAAAGACUCCUUUGCAGAGACACUAUGGCCCCUUCGAACCAUUUGGGCAGCGGUGGGAUGAAAGAUGUGAGAGAGCUUUUCGGGAAAUCAUUACUCGCUUAACUCAUGCUCCCAUCCUAGUCUUUGCUGACCCAAGCAAACCGUUUAUCCUGCAUACUGAUGCCAGUUUGGAGGGUCUGGGAGCAGUACUGUAUCAGGAAGUGGAAGGCAAACGCAAACCGGUAGCCUUUGCCAGCCGAGGACUGUCUGACAGUGAAACUCGCUACCCCAUCCACAAGCUGGAGUUCUUGGCCUUGAAAUGGGCCAUCACUGAGAAAUUUCGAGACUACUUGUACGGUGCUCAGUUCCAGGUGUGGACAGACAACAACCCACUGACCUAUGUGUUAACAAGUGCUAAAUUGGAUGCUACAGGCCAGAGAUGGGUGGCUGCCUUGGCUAGCUAUGAGUUCAGCAUUCAAUACCGAUCAGGGAGGAGCAAUGUAGAUGCAGAUGCCUUGUCCAGACGUCCGCAGGCACCUGACGUUGCUGUGAUACCCACGGAUGGCGUGAGAGCUAUCUGCAGUGUGAGUCGCCGAGAGCCAGAGGCCCCUGAGAGCCUUCAUGGAUGUGUUGCUGAAGCUUUGGGCCUGCCCCCUGAAUGCGUGCCUUCUGCUUCAGUGAACUAUAUUGCUUUGGACCAAUCUCCCUUGCCCAUGCUCAAUGCAGCUGACUGGCAGGAAGCCCAGCUGCAAGAUAUUGACAUUUGUGAUACACUACUUGCCAAAAGAGAGGGGCGAGGCCCAGCUGAGGUUGUCCCACCUACCCCAGAGAUGUAUGAAGAUGAGGACUCUUCAGCCGACACCCAAGACACUAAUAUUGACCUGUUUGACAUGCCUGCCAAUGUUCAAGUUAGACUCUGUAGGCAGCAGAAUGGAAAAAGAAUGAAACUCUUGAAACAUGCGGUUAUUGCUUAA